UGCUCCCUCUAGCAUGCGCACGAACAUACGGCCAUUCCUACUCUAAGUAAUUAUUGGAGCGAAUUAGCCCUUGUCAUCAUCGCAAAGUUGAAUGAAAAUCUCUUUUUUUUUCAAGCGAGGAGUGAAUCUACAGAGAGAUUCUAUGCGGUGCUUGGAAGAGGAGCUGUACACGGUUUUGAGGUGCUGAUGCGGCCCUGAGAAGAAACGAUGGCGACGGGGAGGUGGCUGCUCUACACUGGGCUCUGUCUCUCACUGGUCGCCUUGUUUAUGCUGACAGUGGCUGUCAGUUCCAACCAUUGGUACGAAACCGAUGCGAGGAGAUAUAAGGAGCGCUGUCGAACUUUCACAGGUCGCAGGAAUGACCCGGGGUUCAUUUCGAUUCCGAACCCUAUCCUCCCGCUGCGCGCCAGUCGAGGCAGGCUCGACCGCCUUCAAGACAGACCAGCCCUAGUUCGAAACCGGCGCCAGGUAUUUGCUAUGAGCGCAGCGGAUGAAUGCGGGCGGCGCUAUAAUUCUACCAACAUGGGUCUCUGGAGCAAAUGUUACCGACUCGGAUUUGACCAAGACAUCGAGGUCCUCAUCCAGAGAGGAUCCAUUCAGCGGUGCUCCUUUAUCAGGUACUACUACUCUUCCUCAACCUCCUCACGGAAGGACCUGUCCUACAACAUCACCAAGAUUAUACAGCAAGACGACUGGCAUGCUUUGCACCUGCGGCGUAUGACUGCUGGCUUCAUGGGCAUGGCCCUGUCCAUCAUCCUCUUCGGCUGGACCAUCGGUGUACUGGGCUGCUGCUGGGACCAGGGCCUCAUGCACUAUGUGGCCGGUUUGCUCUUCCUCAUGGGAGGUACAUUCUGCAUCAUCUCUCUGUGCACCUGUGUCGCUGGCAUCAACUUUGAGCUCUCGCGCUACCCCCGUUACCUGUUCAGUCUCCCGGACGACAUCGGCCACGGCUAUGGCUGGUCCAUGUUCUGUGCCUGGGGAGGCCUGGGCCUCACGCUGAUCGCCGGCUUCUUCUGCACCCUGGCCCCCUCCAUCCAGCCCCCGCCGCCGCCCCGCACCCACUACCCGAAGCCUCGGCCGGAGAACGGCACGCUCUGCUGAGAGGCUGUGUAAGGACAGACGAGGAGAAAUUUUGUGUCUCGCCAUUCGAGAGAGGUUUGUUUGGACCUUGUGCAGACAGCCAGACGCGAGCUCUUGAUGAGGAAGAAUGAAGACUGAAAUGGGGUCAAACUUGAUUAAUUCAUCCUUGUGACUGAUGUGCACAAAAAAAAAAACAAUUUCACCUGGACGGCCCUAGGGGGCGCUCCAGCCCUGUUUGUGAGGGACAAACUGCUCUGAGUAUAACAUAGUCAGAACUUCAGAUAUGAUCUUUGCACGUACACAGUGGAAGUACUGUACUAUAAGUGUUUUCUCUUUCAGUGUGUCGUACCUCCUGUUUGCCUACAUGUGUGUGACCGAAAAAAAAAAGAAAACUGGAGAAAACAGCUGUCUCAAGUCUGCCAGAAGUUCAUGUAUAACUGACAAAAGAUAUGGAGACUGUCAAAUCAGUCAUAAUUGAGCAUUCUCAUCCAGCCAUUACCACAACACACAUGCAUACCAUCAUUCGAUAAUAAAAUUU